CAAAGAAGAAGAAGAAGAUGACGGCCUUGACAGACGUGAUCCGCUAGAACGUGCCUUCGUCGCGGUUAGGGAUUAUGCAUAUCACAGUGCGAAAAGCAGCAGAUCGCCGUUUGGUUUUAUCCCAGUGCCAGAAGGACCACUUGUAUCAUUGCCCCUUCUGCCAGCCCUCAAUUUUCAAGCCCCGAGACUAUGCCAGUGUGUUGACACACAUUGAGUCGCACAGAUUGAAGGCUGUGCUGCAUAGAGAGUUCACAAUAUUCAUAUGCCAUCUGGAGUGCAGAGAAGCAAAGCAUUUCCACUGCCCAUAUUGCCCCAAGACCUAUGUAAAUAGGAGUGAUUUUACCAAACACAUUCCACAAUGUGAGUCAGUAUGUUAUCAAGCCCCAGGUUCAACAGCGAGAGCCCCAGAUGUAACCAGUGCAUCGGCGAGAGCACCAGAUGUAACCAGUGCAUCGACGAGAGCCCCAGAUGUAACCAGUGCAUCGGCGAGAGCCCCAGAUGUAACCAGUGCAUCGGCGAGAGCCCCAGAUGUAACCAGUGCAUCGGCGAGAGCCCCAGAUGUAACCAGUGCAACGGCGAGAGAUCCAGGUUCAGCGUGUCCAGCUGUGAAACCUGCAGUCAAGCGGAAAAUCAAAUGUUGCAACUGCAGUUUGUGGCUUAACAAAAAAAAACUAAGGAAACAUCAACUUAGAAAGCAUACAUCUCCUGAGAAGGGUAUUACAGCUCACUCCAAUCUCAAGAGUCAGUGCCUUGACCAGGACAAUUGGGUGUUUGCAGAGGAUAAACACAUCCACCCUGUCUCUCCUCCUUCUGUGCUAAUUCGGGAAAUGCUUACCAAGCAAGAGAUGAUACUGGAACAACAGACACUCAUCCUACGACUCUUACAAACAGCACAGCAGAAUGGAGCCGAAUAUGCGAUCGAAGGAGGCCUUCUGCCAUUGAAGGAUCAACAAAGUCUCCAGAGGCUGGAAACCGAUCUUCAGGGGGCUGACUUCAAACUUAAACUGAUUAACCACUUGAGCCUCAUUGGGGGAUGCGAUGUGAAGGAUGUCGUGUGGCGUUUAAUGAGGCACACAAUUUCCAAUGCGCUGGCAAAGAACAUGAAUUGGAGAGGAGUGAAUAGGAAAAUCUCUCUUGGAUCUCUUCGACUGAGAGAGGUUUUGAUUGCUGUUGUCCGGAAGAAUCCGUUAACAUCAAAAGCAUCCGAGAGCGAUGUGGAGUCUGUCAUGAAAAAGUGGUUGCAGCUGGCAGCAUAUCGGGAAGGAGGGAGAAGGAGACGAGACAGGAGUGUGGUGGCACCUGUGCCAUGAUGGACUUGGGGAGAGGGGUUUAUUUAAGUGAUAAUGCCCAAAAAGCCGUGGUUUGGAGGACAUAUUGGCAUUCGUCUCGGGCCAGCAAACCGUGCCAAUAUGUCAUCCAAACUCUAGCUUUGAGGGCAUUAUCACUUUAAUACAAUGGUUACCAACCUAUGAAAAUAUGUAAAUCAUUAUUUUAAUUCAAUGUUAUUUUGAUGAAUUUAUUCAUAUAAUUUCCAUCCUUUCUCGAGAUAUAGUCCCAAACACAAAUCUAGGGUCGCUUGUUGUUCAUUCUAUUGGCAUCGUUGCCAGCCAAACCGGUCGUAAGUUCUAUACGUUCAAUGCCAAGCUAGCUUAGCUGUCUAAGCUAAAUAGCUAUACUAGACCAAAUUUGAUUUGAAUCAAUUUGUUAUCCUCGCACCUUAGCUAGCUACUAUGAAAACCAGACCUACUUGCUGUCUGUCUCGUUUGGACAGUUUCUAUGAUUUGGUGGAGAUCGCAAAUCAAAAUUGUAUUUGUCACAUGCGCAGGAAAUGUUUACUUACAAGCCUUAAACCAACAAUGCCGUUUUAAGAAAAAUAAAUGUAAAAAAUAAAAGUA